ACCUGGCCAGCGGUUGAUUGCUUCUUCAUUUGAGAUUCGAUUGUCUUUCGGGACCCAACGUCUUUUAGUUCCUCAUCUGACUCGACUUAUCACGGGAAAAUGCCGUACCGGAGCACCGAAGUGAAGAGGAGCGGUUGGACAACAUCGUCCAAGUAUUUUCUAUUCGUCUUCCAUGUCCUCGCUCUGGUGCUGGGCAUCGUCGUGCUGGCGAUGGCCAUUUACAUCCGGGCCGAAUGGGAUUUGAAACAUUACAUCAUCGAAAUGGAAGCCUAUUUCUUCUGGGCUGGGCCCUACAUCCUGAUGGCCUCCUCCUGUUUCACCAUCAUCCUGUCCUUCUUCGGCUGCUGGGCCACCGUCUACGAGAAUCCAUUCCUUCUUAGUUUGUUUUCGGUAGUGACGGGAGCAACGGCCGCGAUCGGACUCGGCGGAGCGGCUUAUUCGCUGAAUCACGGCACCCAGACAUCCAAAUUGACUCCGUGGGUCACGACCAGGUUCACCUAUUACGUCUUUGAGUCCGACACCAACAGUCGAUAUGCUCGAAUCGUUCGAAUUAUGCAAGAAGAGUUGGGAUGUUGCGGAGGUAGUGGGUGGCAGGACUACGCCCAUCACAACAUGGAGAUCCCGUACGAGUGCCGCAAUCAAGUCACCGGCAACAUGUACGUUUACGGUUGCGGCAUCAUUUUCGCCGAUUAUGUCGAGCCUCUGAUUGGUUGGAUGAGCGGCCUUGCCCUCCUUCUCGUCGUCCUACAGAUUUUCGCCAUAGUGGCCGCUCUGAUUCUCCGCCGCAAUGUCAAGAUUGAAGACAAAUUGAUGAGCAGUCACAGCAAACCGGCCAGUUACACGGCAGUCAGGGCUCGAUAAUUCAUAAUUUCUGGCAUUAUCAAUCAAAUUUAAUUCAUUCAUUUCAUAUUUAAUCUGUGUACGAUCACGAAUUUUUGUUCUACUUAUAUACUCUGCUUUUUCUCGAUUGUCUAAAUUUCAAAUUGAACAUGAAGCAAUUUGGUUGGAAAUGAUAAAAAACGAGUUGUCAAU